GGAGGGAGUCACGGUGCAUCCGGGGUGACGGCCCCUUCUCCCCCCAAAGAUCCCCCGAAAAUGCUCCGACCUGCGCGUGGCCCGGCAGGGAGACUGUAACCGCGGGGGACCCUACCAGCCUUCUAUGCACCAUGGAGGUCUUCCUGGUGGAGCCGGCCAUUCUCCUCAGCGCCUUUGCGAUGACGCUGAGCACGCCGCUGACCACGCAGUACGUGUACAGGAGGAUAUGGGACGAGACCAGCAACUUCAGCGUGGCCUUCGGCGGCAACGUGUCUCAGUGUGACAAGAACACCAGCAGCCCCAUCUUCGUCCUCCAGGAGGAAGUUCAGAAAAAGGUCUCUCUCUUUAGCCUGCAGAUGGAGCUCAGCGGGCUCAUUCCCGGCGUGGUGUCCACGUUCGUCCUCCUGUCUCUCAGUGACCACCAGGGGCGGAAGCUGCCCAUGGUCCUAUCGGCCAUGGGCUCCCUAGCCACCAGCACCUGGCUCUGUCUGCUGGCCUAUUUCUCCUGGCCCCUGGAGCUGCUGAUUGCCUCCACCUUCGUAAGUGCCCUCGGAGGCAACUACACCACCUUCUGGGGCGCCUGCUUCGCCUACAUCGUGGACCAGUGUCCAGACGAGAAGCGGAGGACCAUCCGCAUCGCCAUCCUGGACCUCCUCAUCGGGCUAGUCACCGGGCUGACGGCGCUGUCUUCUGGCUACUUCCUCGGGGCGCUGGGCUUCGUGUGGUCCUUCCUCGUCAUCGCCCUGGCAGUGGCCGUGAACCUGCUCUACGUCGUCUUCGUCCUCGGCACCCCAGCCAGAGAGACGCCGCUGCCAGCGCAGGGUGCGUCCGGGUCCUGCUGCGAGGCCUUCAGGGGCCUCCUGUCCCGCACAUCGGCGCUGUUCCAGAACGCGUCGGGCCGGCGCAGGCUCCUGCUCUGCCUGCUGCUCCUCACGAUGAUGAGCUAUUUUUUCGUGGUCAUCGGCACCUCUCCAGUGUUCGUCCUGUUUGAGCUGGACGCGCCGCUCUGCUGGGACGCCGUGUACAUCGGCUACGGCGCUGCCCUGGGCAGCGCCACCUUUGUGAGCAGCUUUCUGGGGAUCUGGGUGUUCUCCUACUGCAUGGAGGACAUCCACAUGGCCUUCAUUGGGCUCUUCACCACCAUGGGCGGGAUGGUCAUGACCGCCUUCUCCAGAACCACGUGGAUGAUGCUUUCAGUCCGGCUGCUGUUCCUCUUCUCGGUUGUGCCCUUCUCUGUGCUCCGGUCCAUGUUGUCCAAAGUGGUCUGCUCCAGCGAACAAGGUAUCCUGUUUGCCUGCAUUUCUGUCUUGGAGACCCUGGGCGGCGUCAUUGCCGUCUCUGCCUUCAAUGGGAUUUACUCAGCCACCGUGGCCUGGUACCCCGGCUUCACGUUCCUGCUGUCCGCUGCUCUGCUGCUGGUCCCAGCCGUCAGCCUGUGUGCUGCCAAGUGCGUGAGCCAGAAGGGGGGGAGCUACGCUCUUCUGAUACAGGAGGACGCCGCCGUGGGGGACGAGACAGACAAAUGAGGAUGCCCUGGGGAGCACUGGGCCGCACAGCUUGGGCUGCGACCCCACAAGGAAUCAUGCUCCCUACCUGCCCUCAGCCUCUCUGCUAGACAGAGGCAGGGACAGCGCCCAGCUCCCGCUCGCCACGGUGCCCCAGGCCGAGAGUCCGUGUGGACAUCUGGCUGCUGUGUCCGGGUGGGACACCCAGCGCAGGCUGCUGAAGCCGGCCACGCUCCCGCUGGACGUGAGCAGGCCUCCGAGCUGUGGCCGGGAGCGUGGCAGGCAUCAGCCCGGGGCCGUCUCUGGGAAGCAGUCCGUGAGCACCUAUCUAAGAGUUUUUCAAAGUCCAUGGUGUUUGAUCCCACAAUUCCUUUCAGAAACCCAUCAUCCGAGGAAAUGACGAGAACUGCUGGUGUGUGUGUGUGUGUGUGUGUGUGUGUGUGUGUGUGUGUGUGUGUACACAUAUGUUGCUGUCAGUGCUGUGGAGCGGUUAUGACCCAUAGCGCACUGCGCAAUAUGCACAACAAAACAAAACCCUCCGGGUCCGCACCAGCCUCACAAUCGUUUUUGAGCCUGAGCCUAUGGUCGCAGCCACUGGGUCUAUCCGGCCCCUUGAGGCCCAUGUUCUCUGUUGCUGACCCUCGACUUUACCUUCUCCAGGGCCAAGUCUCUCCUGACAGCACGUCCAAAGUAUGUGAGAUGCUGUCUCAGCAUCUCUGAUAGAUAAGUAUGUCAACACUCUCAUCAAACUCCCUGCUAUCCAGGCACUGCUGACUCAGGCACCCUAGAGGACAGGGUAGGGCUGCCCCUGUGGGUU